GUUGCAAUCAAAGAUCUCUUCAUCUUAUUGAUAAAGCCACUAAUAAGCCAAAAUGUCUGUCAACGUCAACCGCAGUGUGUCAGACCAGUUCUAUCGCUACAAGAUGCCCCGUCUGAUUGCCAAGGUUGAGGGCAAAGGAAAUGGAAUCAAGACCGUUAUAGUCAACAUGGUUGACGUUGCAAAGGCGCUUAAUCGGCCUCCAACGUAUCCCACCAAAUAUUUUGGUUGUGAGCUGGGAGCACAGACCCAGUUUGAUGUUAAGAAUGACCGUUACAUUGUCAAUGGAUCUCAUGAGGCGAAUAAGCUGCAAGACAUGUUGGACGGAUUCAUUAAAAAAUUUGUUCUCUGUCCUGAGUGUGAAAAUCCUGAAACAGAUCUGCAUGUCAAUCCAAAGAAGCAAACAAUAGGGAAUUCUUGUAAAGCCUGUGGCUAUCGAGGCAUGCUUGACACACAUCAUAAACUCUGCACAUUCAUUCUCAAAAACCCACCUGAGAAUAGUGACAGUGGUACAGGAAAGAAGGAAAAGGAAAAGAAGAACCGGAAGGGCAAAGACAAGGAGAAUGGCUCCGUGUCCAGCACAGAAAGACUGGACGUAAAAGCCAUGGGCCCCCUUGUUUUGACUGAAGUUCUUUUUAAUGAGAAGAUUAGGGAACAAAUCAAGAAGUACAGACGGCACUUCCUACGAUUUUGUCACAACAACAAAAAGGCCCAGCGGUACCUUCUGCAUGGUUUGGAGUGUGUGGUGGCGAUGCAUCAAGCUCAGCUCAUCUCCAAGAUCCCACACAUCCUGAAGGAGAUGUAUGAUGCAGACCUUUUGGAGGAAGAGGUCAUCAUCAGCUGUGUCAAAGCUGAACCCUUCAUAAAAUGGUUGAAGGAGGCAGAAGAGGAGUCUUCUGGUGGUGAAGAAGAAGAUGAAGAUGAGAAUAUUGAGGUGGUGUAUUCGAAGACUGCCAGUGUACCCAAAGUUGAGACUGUGAAGUCUGACAACAAGGAUGACGACAUUGAUAUUGAUGCCAUUUAAGUGGUGGAGGCAACCUAGCUGAACAGUGUAGUGCUGCAACAUUCUCCUGCAUUCUAAGCCAGAAGUGCGACAUGUAUGUGCAAAAGCUACAAUGGCUUAACAUCAUGCUACACUUUAUACUAAAAAUGUUCUACCGUGAGUGGUCUGUAAUUAGUCCAAUGAGACAUCGACGGAGUCCAUACACACCCACGAGCAGAUGUAGUUUGCUUAUUUAUAGCAUGUUUUUGUUCUCUCCCCCUCCCCCCAAUGAAAACUUAGUGGUGGACCCAUUUGGAUCACAUUUAUACAGUUAUAAAAAUAAAAGAUUUGUUUUUGGUCAUUCUUCAGAUUUUGGGCUCUGAAUGACUUAAACAGACAAUUGGCUCCUUUUUAAAAUAAUGCACCUUCAAUCAACCUAUUAAGAGUUUUCGAGCCGUUUAUGAAUGUCGGUGCUGAGAUAACAGAAUGAAAAUAUACACUGAUUUGUAAUCAGUCACCUUUUUCAGCCAUUAGGAAAUUUCAUGCUCUUUACAUUCUCUCGGAUCCCUCAAAUUGGCAUCUGGUAAUGUGCAUUCUUCCCUUCCUGGGAUAGACGGACUAAUCUAAUGACAGUGUGGCGCUCUUAGAAGUCAAAUGACCCGAGUGUCCUAUAAAAAAACUAAGUGCGGGUUUGAGACUUGAGUUGUGGUUUUUGUUUUUCUGUUUUAGUGUACACUAGCACUGGCCCCAAAUUAGUGUUUGAGGUCUUAUGCCUUGCACACUGGCUGAGCCAGGGAAACGAUCACGUUAGGCAGCAUGCAUGUGUGUGUUGCUUUGUACUGUGGAGAAUACUCCCACGGGGCAUUGGUGAGGCUGGUAAAUGCCAAGCUCUCUCGGGCUUUUUGGCGAAGCAGGAAAAGGUGCACUUACUAUUUAGUGGGAACUUAAGUCUUUAUAUCCUUUUUGGCUUCAAUGCACUCCCCUUGUUCAGUCUAUUUUAGUCUCCUGGUUUUAGGGUUGGUUUCUUGAAUGCCUCUUAAAUUUAUUUGGACAGCAGCUUUUGCUUUUUAGAUUUUGGUUGCUAUCUUGCCAAAAUAACUGUUAACUGUCUUAAGACUUGAUACUUCCACCCCCCUCCCACCCCCAAUAUCUUAUUUAAAAAGAAACAAAGGUGAAAAUGAGAAUACUUCCAAGGCAGCCCCUGUAUUGGGCACUGGACUUGGGAUGGUUUUUACUUCACAUUGAACAUAGGCAGAGACCCGAGAAAUCUGUGAGGUCGCUGAGUGCACAUCACAGGCUCCCACCCAUCCGGGGCAUUGAAUAAUUAUUUGCCUGAUGGGCAUGAUCUAGAUUCUGAUUCUGGGAAGUCUUCCUUUUCCAGGUAAGAACCUGCUGCUUCAUUCGUGUCUCCCAUAGAAAUUAACUAGUAAGGAGCUCAAGAAUCCUAGGGUUUGCUGAACUGGAGGGAGCACACUGGCUUGUACCCGCCUCGCUGCCUGUGCAACCCACCUCACAGAUUCUAGUAAGAUCUUCCCCAAAAAUGUAUGUCAAAAUUUUUUCACAUUGAAAUUAUACAGACAUUUGAUACAAAGCCUUGUUUAAGAACUAGAGAGGAGCAAGAACUCACCGAGGGAAAUGUCUAACACACCAAGUGUAAAGGAUCGGCUCAUUUGCAUCUCACCUAGGUUUUCAAGUUCGUUCUUGUAAGGCCAAUUGGAGAUACAGGAGUUGUGCUCUAAAUGCCCCAGCAAAUGAGGUUCUGUUUUAUUUUGGAUUUUCUGUUUUAGUCUGAAGGAAAAAACAUGUUCAGGGCUUAUAAACACUAAUGAAAAAAAUCUUGGCUUAGGCAAGUGUUGAGUCUGGGGCCAACAGUCAGUGGAUUCAGACUCAGGUAGCUGUGUUUGUGGGAGGUGGUCCUCAGAGUAAUUCUCCACUUGUCUCCAACUGGGAAAUUCCUGUUUCAAAAACCUAUGUUACUUGAUUAAAACAAUGUUAAAACUA